CCCCACUUCCAAAAUCCACCUUUAAAUUCCACACCCAUUUGCAAAAUCUUCCUCCACAAGAACAUGUUGGAUUGUUGGCCGUGAAGUGAUCAUAAUCCGGCAGCCGGGUUCGAUCACUUUCCGGCGGAAAAGACAAACCGCCACUAAUUAAGUAGUAGUAGUAGUAGUAGUAGGCUUUAUAUAUGUAGUGGAGAAAAGCAUAGGAUCUAAGUAUAUUAUAGAAUGUGCUUCAAAAGCAUAAGUUCUAGCAUAUCAAUCAGAUUCAUAUUCCUUGUCCAACAUCUUCAUCACAAUAUAUAAUGUCAUCUUGGUGUUCCAUUGAUUACUCACCAAGAAGCAACAACAACAACAAUACAGAUUGUUGUUCCUUUGAGUUCAUAGAAGAAGAACAACAACAAAGAAGAAGAGAAGAGAAGAUGGUGAAAUUCUCUAAGCAAUUUGAAGGCCAACUCAUACCUGAAUGGAAAGAAGCCUUUGUUGAUUAUUGGCAACUCAAGAAGGAACUCAAAAGAAUCAACCUUCUUAAUAACACUACCAAUACCAAUAACAAUUCACCACCUAAGAACAUGUCCUUCUUUUCAUCACUAAGAAAUUUCUCUUUGUUUUCCCAUCAACAUAGAGAGCAUGGACCAAUUCAAGUUCAUAAGAAACUUGCUUCAUCAACUUGUAAAGGGGACAUGUAUGAGACAGAGUUGCUAGAACAAUUUGCUGACACUGAUGCUACCAAAGAGUUCUUUGCAUGCCUUGAUCAACAACUCAACAAGGUUAACAAGUUUUAUAGGACAAAGGAGAAAGAGUUUCUUGAAAGAGGAGAUUCAUUGAAGAAGCAAAUGGAUAUACUUGUUGAGCUCAAAUUUGCAUUCAUGGAGAAGAAACAAGGUAGAUGCAACUCUUCACAAGAAUCCAAGGAGGACCAAUCUAUCUCUUGCACAUUCUCUAGUGAGGAAGACUCUGUUCGGAGCAGAGAACAACAUGAAGAAAUGCAAGACAAUUGCAACAAUGAGGACAUGGAAAAAAAUGAGGUUUCAUUUCCAGAUUCUCCUCAAUCAAAUGAAGCAGCUGAAAAACCGUCGCGGAUGAAAGGAGGAGGAGGAGAAGAUACGCCUUCCGGCCGCCUCGGAAGCUUCCGAGGGAAGAAUGUAAGGAUUAACAUUCCUCUAACAACGCCGGCUCGGACCUUCUCGGCGAUCAGUUACCUUGUCAAGGAAGAUUUGUUAAACCAAUCUUCAAGAAAAUGUAGCCAAGAAGGUGGUGCUAAUAAUAAUAAUAAUAAGCUUCAUCUUAACAAAACAAAGUUGCACCAUGCUGAAAAGAUGAUCAAAAGAGGCUUCAUUGAACUCCAUAAGGGAUUAGGUUAUCUCAAAGUUUAUAGGAACUUGAACAUGCUUGCAUUUAUGAAGAUUUUGAAAAAAUUUGACAAGGUUACUGAGAAGCAAAUUCUUCCAAUAUAUCUCAAAGUUGUUGAAAGCUCAUAUUUCAACAGUUCAGACAAGGUUGUGAAAUUCAUGGAUGAAGUUGAGGAACUAUUUGUUAAAAACUUUGCCAAAGAUGAUAGGAGAAAAGCCAUGAAAUACCUUAGACCAAGUCAGAGAAAAGAAUCUCAUGCUGUAACUUUCUUCAUUGGACUAUUCACUGGAUGCUUUGUGGCACUAUUUGCUGGAUAUGUGAUUAUGGCUCAUGUUUCUGGACUUUACAAAGUUGGACAACAAAAUUCAGUUUAUAUGGAAACUGUUUACCCUGUCCUUAGCAUGUUCAGCCUCAUGUUUCUGCAUUUCUUCCUUUAUGGAUGCAACAUUUUUGCAUGGAGAAAGACUCGUAUAAACUAUGGCUUCAUCUUCGAGCUCGCACCGACGAAGGAACUCAAAUACAGAGAUGUCUUCUUGAUCUGUUCAAUGGCCAUGGCUUCUGUGGUUGGUGUCAUGUUCCUUCAUUUGACUCUCCUCACUAAAGGCUAUUCUUAUUCCCAAGUUCAAGCCAUUCCUGGCCUUCUUUUUCUGGCCUUCUUACUAAUACUUGUGUGCCCCUUCAACAUUAUAUACCGGUCAAGCCGUUACCGUUUCCUUUGUGUCAUAAGGAACAUAAUUUUGUCACCUCUUUACAAGGUUGUCAUGUUGGACUUUUUUAUGGCUGAUCAACUUUGCAGUCAGGUGCCAAUGCUAAGGAAUCUUGAGUAUGUAGCAUGUUACUAUAUAACUGGGAGCUACAAAACACAAGACUAUGGUUAUUGCAUGAGAACAACUCACUACAGAGAUCUUGCUUAUGCAGUUUCAUUUCUACCCUAUUAUUGGAGAGCAAUGCAAUGUGCGAGGCGAUGGUUCGACGAAGGCGACACCGGACACCUUCUAAACCUAGGAAAGUAUGUUUCAGCAAUGUUGGCAGCAGGCACCAAGGUUGCAUAUGAGAAAGAUGGGAGUGUUGGAUGGCUAUGUCUUGUUGUGAUCAUGUCAAGUGCAGCAACUAUGUACCAAUUGUAUUGGGACUUUGUUAAGGAUUGGGGUUUGCUUCAACUGAAUUCUAAGAACCCUUGGCUAAGGAAUGAAUUAAUGCUUUCAAGGAAAUCCAUUUACUACAUAUCCAUGGGAUUAAAUUUUACUCUGAGGCUUGCAUGGUUGCAAACAGUUCUUCAUUCAAGCUUUGAACAUGUUGAUUACAGAGUAACAAGCAUAUUUUUAGCAGCACUUGAAGUUAUUAGAAGAGGAAUGUGGAAUUUCUACAGAUUGGAGAAUGAGCAUCUAAAUAAUGCUGGCAAGUUUAGAGCAGUGAAAAUAAUACCACUUCCUUUUCAUGAAGUGGAUGAGGAAGACUAGUACUACUAAUAAUGCAUGCCAAUUGGCAUAUUUUGGAUUGAUGUAUUAUUAUUAUUGUAGGGUUAUGCUAGCAUAAGAGAAAUAAUUAAUAAUAAUUUUCAGUGGUGCAUAUUAGUUAUCCUCAUUCAAGUUGAUAUAUGAUUUGAUCAACUUGAUCAGAAUUUUUUUUUUAAUGUGGAUUGUAGGGACAUCAUCAUCAUCAUCAUCAUCAA